AUGCUUUUUGAAAUAGUAACUCUCCUUGUGUUUAAUGGUUUCCACAGAAACAUUAUCUUGAACAACCCGAGGAAGAGAAACGCCCUGUCCCUCUCCAUGCUGCAGUGCCUCAGGGAGGACCUGCUGCACGACGUCAAAAGCAAAGACCUCCGAGUUAUCGUCAUUUCAGCUGAAGGACCUGUGUUUUGUUCCGGCCAUGAUUUAAAGGAAUUGUCAAGUGAAGAUGAUGUGAAGUAUCAUUCCCAAGUAUUUGAAAUAUGUGCAGAGGUUAUGACUUUAAUCCAGAAACUUCCAGUACCAGUGAUUGCCAAAGUAAAUGGCUUGGCUACAGCAGCAGGCUGUCAGCUUGUGGCAAGCUGUGACAUUGCAGUGGCGAGUGAGAAAUCUCAAUUUGCUACUCCUGGAGUAAACAUUGGACUGUUCUGCUCCACACCAGGUGUGGCCUUGGGCAGAUCUCUUCCAAGAAAGGUUGCAUUAGAGAUGCUUUUCACAGGUCAACCUCUUUCUGCUCAAGAAGCAUUAAUGCACGGGCUUGUCAGCAAGGUGGUACCAGAAGACAAGCUGGAAGAAGAGACCAUGAAAAUCUCUCAGAAGAUAUGCGAAAGCAGCAAAUCCAUCCUGGCACUGGGAAAAGCCACCUUUUACAGACAGAUGGCACAGGACCUUGAUACUGCUUACAAAAUGACUACUCAGGUCAUGGUAGACAAUUUGACUUUGAGAGAUGGGCAGGAGGGUAUUGAAGCCUUUAUUCAAAAACGUAAGCCUGUCUGGUCACACUCUCAGGAUGAGAAGAAAUGAAUCUUGUCUCUAAGCUAACCUUAGCUGUGCUUUAUGAUUCUACACGCAGUUGCCUUUGGGAACUAUAUUUUUUUUCUUACCGAAAGUUAAAUUUCUCUUCUUGCAUAUGCCAAAGACACAAUAAAUUUAUUCUAAGUAAAUAAUAAAUGUUGAGAAAAAUAAUACCGAAUGGGUUUUUUCA